AUGACGUCAUGGGGUGGUCCACCAUUUUGUAAAAGAGCUGCAACCAUCCUUCACCUUCAGUAAAUUUCCACUUACUUCGGUGAUAAAAUUUAGCUCUUCUCUUCAAAGUAAUACAAAAUGUCUGAAGCAGAAGCUAACCUUAAGCCUUUAGAUGACGACGAGCCAGAAGAAACUCCUGGAUACGUUCCGCCAGCUCAGAAAACCUGGGAAGAAAUUCAGAAUCUGGACGCGGAUGAUGAAGCUUUAGUGAAAUACAAGCAGACAUUACUCGGUGUCACUCCUGAGGAAUUGCCAAAAGGUCCAAAAAAUGUGGUGGUAGAAAAAGUAGCGAUUGUUCCCACAGACGAGAAGGGUAAUCCAGUGCGAGAUCCAAUCGAACUUGAUCUGAUAGGAGACAUCUCCAAACUUAAAGAUUCUCCUAUCACUAUCAAAGAAGGCACAUACUAUAAAAUCAAAAUCAUAUUCAAGGUUUACAAUGACCAGAUUAUUUCAGGCUUAAGGUUGCAUAAUCUCUUCUACCGCAAGGGUAUCCGUGUUACCAAGGACUCAUUCAUGGUCGGCAGCUAUGGCCCUAAGUUUGAACCCCAUGAGUAUCUGACACCUAUAGACGAAGCUCCAAAGGGCAUGAUGGCGCGCGGAAAGUAUAUUAUUAGAAGCAAGUUCAUUGAUGAUGACAAGAAUAGCCAUCUUGAAUGGGAAUGGGCUAUUGAAAUUAAGAAGGACUGGCAGUGAUUUUCUCUAACUCUCUGUUAGUUUCUUUAAACACUCCCAUGCUUACAUGGAUGUUUUAUUGGAGUUAAGAUGGCAUACAGGGGCUACACAUGGAGUCCAUCAUAACAAGAAACAGACAAUAGGAUUUAACUAAUUCAAAGCAAUUGCACAGUUGAAGUCCUAAUAAAUUCAUAUUUAGAUAGAUUUUGGGGAUUUUCUGCUAUUAGGUUGCCAAACAUUUUAACAAAUGCUUUGACUACUGGUGUUGAUGAUCUCCAAACCAAUGCAUCAUUAAAAGAAUUUCAAAUACAUAAAACAAGCUUAACAAAUGUGUGCAAUCCAGUGUAAACAACUGUACAGGCUUCAGAAUGUACCCAGGGGGGUGCACGUUCGUGCCUGCACCCCCCUGGGUUUUGUCACUGAACCUUAGUAAGGCCCAUGCAUGUAUUUGCUAAUCCUAUUGCCGAAUUCUUGACAAAUUUAUGUUACAUGUGCUGUGCCUUUAUGCCACUAACACCUCCCUGGUGAUAACUUUUUGUUAUUCAGACAUUUAUAAAAAAAUAUAAACACACUUGUAAUUAGUAGAUGAUUGUGUGUAUAAGAUGUUUGUAUUGCGACUCGUACAGUAAUAAAUAAUUGGGCAUUUUUUAAA